UAUAUAGUUUGAAUUGAGACAUCGACACAAUGCGGCUCAUUUCCUCGCUUCGAAGCUAAUUACUGUCAUGGCUUCUAAGGAACAUGUCUGUCACAAUUAUGUUUUCCUCAAGCCAGAAGAAGCAAGCUUCAUCGAGCUCAUUCGCCUCCUGUUUUCCUCCGACGUAGAAAAGAGAAGCUUCAUCAACUGCUCGGAAGAGGAAGGAUGUAAACGACGAAAACUUGAACGCCGAUGGCUAAUCUUCGUCUCUAUUGUGGUGCAAUGGAUGUUCCUUUUCUUCAGAACGCCCAUGGCUCGAACUGGGGGUACCGUCAACAAGUUUCUAAAUCUUGUAGCAUCCAAUGGCGGAUUGUUCGCGCUCUUCAAAAUGUGGCUUAAAGGAAAGGUGGCAAAGGCAGAUUCGUUAUCAACCAGAUCAGUGCUGGGAAAUCUUGAUAGGCGAGUGGAAUUGGACGACAACAUCAAACCAGGCAAUACAAGAUACAAAGGAGCACUGUCCAUGAUGGCGGCUAAAAUGUCAUACGAAAACCAAGUCCUCAUUAAAACAAUCGUCACGGAUCACUGGAAGAUGAAAUUUGUGGAGUUUUACAACUUUUGGAAUGGUUAUCAGAGACGAGAUUCAACGCAAGCCUUCCUGUUCCAAGACACAACAUCUGACCCCAAUUUGAUUGUGGUUGCAUUUAGAGGCACCAACCCCUUUGAUGCAGACGCAUGGAGGACGGAUUUCGACAUCUCAUGGUGCGAGUUUGCAGGACUCGGCAAGACCCACAGCGGCUUCAUGAAAGCUCUUGGCAUGCAACCAAACAGAAGCUGGCCCCUUGAACAAGAAACACAAGAAGUCAACGCCGCUGAACAACUUCCUCAUCAGUUUGCUUACUACAAAAUCAGACAAAUUCUGACGGAUUUAAUGCAAGAAAACAAGAAUGCCAAGUUCAUACUGACAGGCCACAGCUUGGGCGGGGCAUUGGCUGUGCUGUUUGCCGCGGUGCUUGCAAUGCACGACUACGAGGAGAAAUAUGCAUGGUUGAUGGGGAGGUUGGAAGGGGUGUACACUUUUGGACAGCCAAGGGUGGGGGAUGAGAACUUUGGGGUGUUUAUGAGGGAGAAGCUGAAAAAUUAUGGUGUGAAGUAUAUGAGGUAUGUUUAUUCCAAUGAUAUGGUUCCUAGGAUACCUUAUGACGAUAAAACUCUCUUGUUUAAGCACUUUGGUCCAAGCCUAUAUUUCAGCAGCUGCUAUAAGGGGAAGGUUUUGGAGGAGGAACCCAACAAGAACUACUUCAAUGUGUUCUGGUUCAUACCAAAGUGCCUAAAUGCAUUGUGGGAGCUGAUUAGGAGCUUCAUACUGCCGUUAAUAAGGGGUGCGGAAUACAAGGAAAGCUGGUUUAUGAGGAUGCUUAGGGUAGUUGGUUUAGUAAUUCCUGGAUUGGCAGCUCAUGCUCCUCAAGAUUAUGUCAACAUUACUCGAUUGGGAUCCCUUCCUUCCCUUGCUCACGUCCAAAAACGUAUUCCUCUAGUAAAUAAUUCUAAAGUCGAUUAAUGAUACAGUUGUUUUGGGCCGAUGUGGCUCAAAAGCUUUUGUUUGUGUUUGGUUUUCUGAGACAUGAUUAGGGAGAUUCUAUUUAUACCCAUUUUAAUUUUGUUUUAAUUUGAAAUAAAAUUACAUUUAUACACUUAUGAAAAUUUAUCAAGAA